GGGGGGCUGGGGCGGGUGGCGCGGCUGACGGCGCUCUGCCGGGCCCUGCGGCGCGGCGAGGCCCAGGGCGACCAGCCGGGCUGGGCCCGCGCGCGGGAGGAGGCGGAGGCGGCGCUGCGGGAGCUGCGGGAGAUCGUGCGGCCCCUGCGGGAGCCCGGGUACGGCGAGGCGCUGCGCAGGAAGGCCGAGAGGGCGAGGAAGAGGAGGCUGCGCCUGCAGCGGAGGAAGCACGAAGCCAGGGCGGCCAAGGAGGAGGAGGCGGCCCGGGCCGCCGAGCGGGAGGCCAAGAUCGACCAGUGGCGGGCUCAGUGCAUCCAGGAGGUGGAGGAGAAGAACCGGGAACAAGAGCUGAAGGCUGCUGCUGACAGUGUCCUGUCUGAAGUCCGGAAGAAACAAGCAGAUACGAAGAGGAUGAUGGACAUCCUGCGCGGGUUGGAAAAGCUUCGGAAGCUGAGGAAAGAAGCUGCUGCCAGGAAAGGUGUUUGUCCACCUCCUUCAGCAGAUGAAGCAUUUGAAAAUCAGGUGGAGAGUCUCAAAACAUUGCUCAAAACUCGCACAGAACUGUAUGAAGCUGAGGAAAGAGCAUUAAGGGUUAUGCUGGAGGGAGAACAGGAGGAGGAAAGGAAGAGGGAAAUGGAAAAGAAACAGAAGAAGGAAAGGGAAAAACUACUACAGCAGAAACUGGAAAUGGAUUCCAAGCUUUUUGGGGAUCCAGCUGAAUUCCCACUGGCCCAUCUACUGCAGCCUUUCAGAGACUACUACUUACAAGCUGAACAUUCUGUAGCAGCCCUAAUACAGAUCAGGCAUGAAUGGGAUCAGUACUUGGUGCCAGCUGACCACCCUGAAGGAAGCUGCAUCCCUCCAGGAUGGGUUCUCCCGAGUCUCCCCACCAAUGACACUUGGGCCACUGCUGUCAGAUAAUUUAGUAAUAAAUUAUUUCAACGUUG